AUGCCCAUCACAAUCCUCGCCCCCAAGUUCUCCCGGCCGGUAAACGCCCGGGAGGACGAUGUCUCCUCGAUCUCCUCAUCCGACUCCGAAGAUGGCGGUGCCGCGCUCGACGGCGACAUCGCCAUGACCCGGCCGCCCAAACGGGCCCGCCUCGCCACCUCCCUCGCAACAAGCGACAUCGUCACGCCGGGCGAGCUGAUCACCGACGACCCGCAAUGGAUGCGCGGGCACGGGACGUACGCCACGCCGGGGACGGCGACGAUCGUCUCGUCGGUGGCCGGCACGAUCAGCCGGACCAACAAGCUGCUGUCGGUGCGGCCGCUGCGGGCGCGGUACACGCCCGAGGUGGGCGACCUGGUGGUGGGGCGGAUCGUGGAGGUGCAGGCGCGGCGGUGGCGGGUGGACGUGGGGUCGACGCAGCUGGCGGCGCUGCCGCUCAGCGCGAUCAACCUGCCGGGCGGCAUCCUGCGCAAGCGCACCGAGACGGACGAGCUGCAGAUCCGCACCUUCUUCGCCGAGGGCGACCUGCUGGUCGCCGAGGUGCAGCAGCUGUUCGCCGACGGCGGCGCCGUGCUGCACACCCGCUCGCUCAAGUACGGCAAGCUGCGCAACGGCGUCUUCGUCGCCGUCAGCGGCAUGGGCGGCGGCGGCGGCGUGGUCCGCAGCCGCCGCCAGGUGUGGACCAUGGAGGCGGCCAACGGCGGCGGCCAAAUCGACGUUGUGCUGGGCGUCAAUGGGUACGUCUGGAUCAGCAAGCACGUGGAGACGCCCGAGGGGGAGAAUAAGGCGGUGGGCAUCACGAGUAUGGAGGAGAGCGUGAGCGCGAACAUGUACUCGAGCCAGAACGAUCGGAUCGAGGUGCAGACGAUGAGGGAGAUUGCGAGGCUACGCGGGGUGGUGACGGCGCUCGUGGAAAACGGGCUGCGCGUGGAUGAGGAUAUGGUUGUCAGGGGGUAUCACGAGGCCGUGGAGAUGGCUAUGUUGUCGGCCGACGGCGCGGAUGAUAUCUACCUCGGCGGCGAAAGGGGGGAGCAGUUAGCUGCGGCGCUAACGGGGGCGUGA